GAGCAGCAGAGGGGUCAGAGCCACAGGGACUGCUCUGAACUGCUGAGCCAGCUCAGCCCCAAAUGACAGCGGACACGCAGAUGCAGCKGGGCUGCCUUUACCACCCUGCGGCCCCUCCUUGGCAUCCUGCUCCUCCGGAUCGCAGCCCUUCCCUCUGGAUUGGAGCGCCCUCUCUCCCCGCCCUGCUCUCCAUCUUCAUGCAGUCUGCAGAGGUGCAUUGUGGGAAACUCCCAAGUUCCCCCACCCCCACCCCCUCUGCCUGCCUCCCUCCCUCCUCUCUGCGCAAGAGCCAGCUCCCAAGGUGUGACUCGUCCAGCCGGAGGACAGAGGUGCUGUACCAUGUCUAGGUAGGAUCCUGCCGGUGUGAUAACCAUCCUGAAACAGCCRCUCCCAGGCCUCGAGCUCGGCUGGCUUCUCUGCUUCCUGCAGCAGCCAGGUGAGGGAGAAGAGCUGAGACAGCCCCGCUCCUCCAGCCACUACCCACAGCACCCCUGGGAUGGAUUCCAAAGGCAACGUCCGAAGCGCCAACAAACCCGACACCAAAGCUGCCGGCUCUGCAAAGCCAGAAAAACCCAACCCCGGGCCCACCAGCAAUGCAGACAAGAAGGAGACCCCCAAAGAGCAGCCUGCUCCUGCCACGGCCACCAAGAAAGCAGGCAGCGACGCCGCCAACAACCACAGCAACCUGAAAGGCGGCCCCGCCGCCACGGAGACGCAGGAGGCCAGCGGCCAGUCCCCUGACUCUGACCACAAGGGAAACAGCUCCGAGGAGUCACCCGGCAGCUUCUUCGACAACAUGAAGCCCUUGAUCAUCGUGGGAGGAGUGGCGGUGGCCGCGCUGGCUGUGAUUGUGGGAGUGGCAUUCCUAGCCCGGAAAAAAUGAAGACCGAGACGGGGUGGGGAUGAGAAACCCAGCCCAGCUGUACAGCUUCUUUUGAGACAAAUGCAUGCAGAGAAAUUCUAUACAUAGCUAUAUAUAUAGAGAGCGAGCUAGAUAGGUCAACAACAAACACCAACUGCAACUCCAGGGUCUUGUUCGAGACAACUGUGCCAGUCUGACCCGCUGUGGGUGACUYCAUGCACUCAGUGUGUUCUUUCAUGUAAUAUAUCUUGGCUUCUACCACUGUGUAUAGAUUACAGCUUCUCCUGAUCGGUGUAAAUGACGGUGUCCCCUCCCCUCCUCUGCUGUCCUCCCUGGGAGACACCCCCUGCUCUCUUGCAGUCCCCUGUUUUCAAGUCCAAAGUGUUCUACGUCCCAUCCCGCGUCCCCAGUUUGUGUUUGGGUUUCUGUUUGGUUCUGUUUUAAGUUGGGCUGUGGUAAAGAAGAUGGAAGGGG